GAAAAUGCAACGGUGGAACAAUGAAAUAGAAGAAGAUGAAGAAGAAGGAUAUGGAAGAGGAGGACUCGAGAGCGUGCCAGAGAGCCCGUUUGAAGGAACCAGUGGAACAGUGUUUUUGACCGGAGAAGACAACGUCUAUGUUGGAGUUGGUAAAGGAGACUCAAGCAUGGAAGCAUUACUUUGGGCUCUUGCCAAUCUCAUCACUUCUUCUUCUUCCUCUUCUCCCUCUACUCUUCUUUUCCUCGUCCAUGUCUUUCCUGAGACUCACUUCAUCCCUUACCCUUUGGGGAGGCUAGCGAAGGAGCAGGCAAGUCAGGAACAACUUGAAGCCUUUAUGUCUCAGGAAAGAGAGAAGAGAAGAACUCUGUUGAACAAGUUUCUUCGAGCCUGCUCUGAUUCUAAGGUGAAGGUAGAGACAGUACUAGUUGAGAGUGACUCGGUGGCAAAGGCUAUACAAGACCUCAUUUCCAUUCUUAACAUUAAGCAGCUUGUUCUAGGGAUCGACAAGUCUAAUGCAAAGAAAGCAAAGUCAUUAAAAGGAAACACUGUUGCUGAACAGAUACUGAGAAGCCCUGCAGCAGAAACGUGUGAGGUUAAAGUCAUAUGCCAAGGAAAAGUGAUAGAGAUGGAAAAGCCUGUGACGGAGAGAACCCCCUUCAAGCCCUCAAUACAGCUGGAGCCGAAGAAAGAUGAUUCCAACGACCCUUUUGGUUGGAUUUGCUUUAGUAAGCCCAAAGCUAGCAGUUAG